AUGUAUUUUGAAACCAAUCAAAUGUGUCAGAAAGAUCCAUCUUGUGCUCAUCCAUUUGAAUGCAAAAUAGGCCAAUCAUUUCAAUUGAAAUGUAACGAAUAUUUGAUUUGUUCUUCGAAUGGUAUCGUCGAACAUCGUUUUUGUCCACCGUUCUAUCGAUGGGACAAUGAAGCACAACAAUGCAUUCCUGAUAAUGCUUGUUUAUCUUCAUCAAAUAAGGCAUGUAAAGAAGGUGAAGUUAUUGACAGCUUUGACUGUAAAUUUUAUUAUCAAUGUUCUGGUGGAAAAUGGCAUAAAAUAUCAUGUAUGACAUAUCCAACUGAGUUGUGCAAAGGAUGCCGCUAUAAUAGUGAUCAUGCCUCGCAAACUGUAGAAGAAAAAUGUAGUGAAGGUGAUACGGUAGCUAAUCCACAAGAUUGCCGUAAUUAUGCGAUAUGUAUUGGAAAGAAAUGGAAAAAUAGACAAUGUAAAGUUGGAAAUUUUUGGAAUCAACAAUUAAAACGAUGUCAUCAUACGACUGACUGUAAAGUAUUCAAACGUGCAAAAUGUAAUCACGGACAGCAUUUGAUUGGUGGUGGAAUAUGCAAUGAAUAUUUGAAAUGUUUACAAGGCUCUUGGAUAACGAUGAAAUGCCUCCCGGGAUAUGCUUUUGAUGUAAUGACGAAGAAAUGCGUUAUUUCGGAUCAAUGUGUAUCAUCCAAUAAUAAUUAUCUAAGUAUAAUCGAUUACGGUAUUACUACUGCCCCAUUAUCAUCGCUUUUUCAAUCAGAAAUGAAAAUGGAAAGGAAUCAACAAUUACAUUGGCCUUGCCAAUUUGGUAGUAAAAUUCGCAAUGAAUAUGAUUGUAAUCGUUAUUUCGAAUGUGCAAUAGAUGGAUAUAAGGAUCGAUAUUGCAAAGAUAAUUAUGAAUUUAAUGAUGAAAGUGGACAAUGCCAGAAAGAGUAUCAUUGUGAUCUAUCACGUUGUCGUAAUGGAAGAACGAUUGAAAGUGAAAUUUGUGGCCACUAUCAGAUUUGCAUUAAUGGUACAUGGCAUAAAAGAGUAUGUGAAGACAAUCGACAAUUUGUUGAUGGAUAUUGUCGAGUUACAACAUAUUGCAACGAUGAUAACAAAGCAAUCUCAUCCAUACUAUUACAAUCAUCAUCAUCAUGUAAAGAGGGGAAUAUUAUGGCUGAUGAUAUCGACCAUAAACGUUAUUUCAUAUGUAGAAAUGGUCGUUUUCAAGAACAAUUUUGCUGGAAUUGUGCAUCAUUUGAUAGAAAGCACGGCUAUUGUGUACGAGAUACAGUUUGUGUGUUAGAAGAAAGCUGUAUUGGAGAUAACGUGAAAGCUGAUAAACAGGAUCGUACUGCCUACCGGAUUUGUAAUAAUGGCAAAUCUGAAUUACAUUCUUGUCCCAACGGUCUAGUUUACACUCAUAGCAGUAGAAGAUGUGAGAAAGACAGUGUUGUUGAUAACGCAAAGCAUGAAACUUGCAAGGAUAGUGGUGGUCCUACUGGCUACAGGGCAGACCCAAACGACUGUCACAAAUUUUAUCAAUGUGCUCAUGGGAAAUGGGUCUCUAAAACUUGUCCAGCUAAAUUAUAUUGGAAUGUGGAAAAAACAACAUGCGACUGGCUCCCCGACAAUGAAUUAUGCAAAAACUAUAUUACCCGUAUUUUACUGUAA